UAUUUCUUUAAUAAAUCGCUGGCUCUCAUUGCUUUUUCAUUCUCUCUCUCUUUCUCUGUGGAUACACUGAGUUGCAGAGCUGUUUUUCUAGCAGAGGAACUCAUAAAGUUUUGAUCUUUGGGCUCAAGGACUUCUCAUUAAUGGAGAACAAGAUGCUGAAUGUCACCACUUUUGUUAGCUUGUGCUUAUUUAAGCUCAAAUGUUUUAGCUUGAACUAACACUCAGUGCAAAUAGUUCGCUUUGAUGGCUUCGCAAACUAUUAGUAAAUCUUUAUCUGAAGAAGAGGCGAGUCCGCAAAAGCCAUGUUCGUCGCAAGGUCCAACUCAAAAACAAUUGCAGAGCGUUGCGAUCGAUGCUUUGACCGAUAAAACUGAGAAAAUUCAUGUCCUUUCUCAAGUGGAUGAGGCAUUGACCUCUGAUGUCAAUGGGGACCAAGAAAAGAAAUUGUCUGUGCAGAGCAGUGUCAAGGAUAGCUCAGCGUCUGCUAAAGUGAGCGACGGGACCAGUAGUUUGGCGAAGACCAGCGGAAGUGCUAAGAUCAGUGAUAGGAUCGAUUGUGUCGAGAGUGGAAAGAGCAGCUUGUGCAGGGCUAGUACGAGCACCGAUGUCAGUGAUGAGAGCACUUGUAGCAGUAUGAGUAGUAGCAUCAGUAAGCCUCACAAAGCGAAUGACUCCCGAUGGGAAGCCAUUCAAAUGAUCCGCACUAGAGAUGGAGUUUUGGGAUUGAACCAUUUUAGAUUGCUGAAGAGGUUGGGUUGCGGUGAUAUUGGUAGUGUCUACUUGUCGGAGUUGGGCGGGACGAAGUCUUACUUUGCGAUGAAGGUUAUGGAUAAGGCAUCUUUGGCGAGUCGGAAAAAGCUACUUCGUGCUCAAACUGAAAGAGAGAUUUUGCAAUGUUUGGAUCAUCCGUUUCUUCCGACUCUAUAUACUCAUUUUGAGACCGAGAAAUUCUCGUGUUUAGUGAUGGAGUAUUGUCCUGGAGGCGAUCUACACACUCUUAGGCAAAGGCAACCCGGAAAAUAUUUUUCCGAACAAGCUGUGAAAUUCUAUGUGGCAGAGGUUCUUCUUGCACUUGAGUAUCUGCACAUGCUCGGUAUCAUAUAUCGUGACCUCAAGCCGGAGAAUGUCCUGGUGAGGGAAGAUGGCCACAUUAUGCUCUCGGACUUUGACCUCUCUCUUCGAUGUGCUGUGAACCCGACCCUUAUCAAGUCAUCAAACCCAGAUUCUGAUUCACUAAAGCGAAGCAAUCCUGUCUACUGUGUCCAACCUGCUUGCAUUGAGCCGUCCUGCAUCCAGCCUGCAUGCGUCGCCCCUACAACAUGCUUCGGGCCUCGUCUGUUCUCAUCCAAGUCAAAGAAGGAUCGAAAACCAAAACCCGAGAUUGGAAACCAGGUCACUCCAUUGCCAGAGCUCAUUGCCGAACCAACUGAUGCACGUUCAAUGUCGUUUGUUGGCACACACGAGUACUUAGCUCCUGAGAUCAUCAAGGGUGAGGGCCAUGGAAGUGCGGUCGAUUGGUGGACGUUUGGUAUCUUCUUGUAUGAGCUUUUGUUCGGCAAAACUCCAUUCAAGGGGUUGGGAAACCGGGCCACAUUAUUCAACGUUGUCGGACAGCCAUUGCGAUUUCCCGACUCUCCCAUUGUGAGCUUCGCCGCAAGAGAUCUCAUACGAGGACUGCUCAUCAAAGAACCACAACAAAGGCUUGCAUACAAGCGCGGGGCGACCGAAAUAAAGCAGCAUGCAUUCUUUGAAGGUGUGAACUGGGCAUUAAUCCGAUGUGCAACUCCGCCGGAGAUUCCAAAACCUGUUGAACUUGAACGGCCUCCGGUCUCCGCCACAUCAACCAGUGAAAAGCCAGCCAACACUGCUGUAACUCAGAAGGGUUCUGAUAACUAUCUCGAAUUCGACUUCUUCUAGUGAUUUUUUUUUCUCUGAUAAAAAUGGUGCAAUUCGAUGUAUAAUACGUAAGGCAGAUGGUAGAAUUUCUGAACAUUUCCGGGAAGGACAUGUUAUAUUCCAUACAUGUAAACUGUUUUUCACCUGUCAUUCUUUGUGUUCUCUCAGUCAGAAAUUAUGUAUUCAGAGGAUGAUGAAACAUUUUCAUGUUAAUUAUGGUGAUUCGGAGAAUCGAAAUUGUUCGCCUUUUUUC